GCGCCGGUGCUUCGCUCGGUCCGGGAAGGGGCAGACUAGCACUUCCGCUCUGUACUGCGCGGCGCCGCCUCCGGGCUUCCAAGAUGGACGCCGGGGCGGAGCCAAGAGCCUCCAACCAUUUCCGCUUCCGGUGCGGGCGCCUUUUCCCGGCGGAAAGAACGUAAGCAGCGGAAGUGCGCUGGGCCGCGCAGGCGCAGGCGCGUCUUCUGGCUCCGGGCCCGAACGACGCCACUCCAGAUCUUGUGAUCGCCCAGAGACUGGGCCCGUGACCACACCCCUAGCGACCAACGAGCCAAUAGAGGAGGCUUUAGUGGUUGCCAAGGUAAACUUCUAGCGGCAAGAUGGCAGCCGCCAGCCAAGGAAGCCGGAGCUCCCGCCCGCAGCGCCGGGCCCCGCAGGGGCGGCCGCCACAGGACGGCUACGGUGUCUACACCUACCCCAAUUCCUUCUUCCGAUACGAAGGGGAGUGGAAAGGUGGGAAGACCCACGGUCGCGGGAAGCUGCUGUUUAAGGAUGGAAGUUACUACGAGGGCGAGUUUGCAGACGGGGAGAUCAUGGGCCAAGGCCGCCGCCACUGGACCUCCACAGGGAACACCUAUUCUGGUCAGUUUGUCUUUGGAGAGCCCCAAGGCCACGGCGUCAUGGAGUACAAGGCGGGAGGCCGCUACGAAGGGGAGCUGUGCCACGGCGUGAGAGAAGGACACGGGCGUCUGGUGGACCAGGACGGGCGCGUGUACUGGGGGUCCUUUCACAACAACAAGCGACACGGCCGCGGGCACAUGGCCUUCCCCAGUGGCCUGGGCAGCGUGGCCCACUGCUCCGGGCUCGUCUACAGGGGCAUGUGGAUCAACGGCCACCCGGUGGGAACGGCUGGCGUGUUCGCACUGUUCGGCUGCUGUGAGGGCUCCUGCCCAGCUUUCGUGUGA